CGAAUUGACAAAAAAUCAUGAGGUACAGAAUUCAAGUAAGCCAUCAAUGCAUCGGAGGAAUAAAGUUAUCUGGGAUGCCGAAAGUACUGGCAUCAAAUAUGUUACUAGCAUCGCAUCCUAUGUCAUUAGCGAAUUGUCAUAAUUGUGCGAAAUCAAAAAAUGGCCACAACCAUCACCCAGGUCCGCAACUCGCUAUUUCAUAUAUUCUCUACACUUGCAAAGUACCUUCCGUGUAGCUCAUCGUAGCACUCUCUGGUGGUAAAAUGUCCGCUACACAUCUCUCAUCGAUAGGAUUGGAUGAUUUUGUAGAAUACCUCACCUUCGACCAAUCUCGGUUACUCUACUCAUCGGUGGCAGACGUUUCAGUACGGUAUAUCCCUCUUUCAAUUGUCGGACCGGUAGAUAGUUCUCGUGCGGAACGCACGGGCCCUGCAAACACCCGCUACUCCCACCGCCAGGGCCACGCGGGGACCACGCCUCCGGAGGCAGCUGCCCACGCAACGGCACUUACCGAAACGAGACUACAGUACGGUGGAACUCCCAGGCUAGCCGUAACUGGGACCAAUUCCCCACCACUGUCAGAGCACCGUAUACCGCUAUACCGCUAGAUUUCCAUACCACUAUCACCCCCACCACUAUUCCAAUCUACCACCAGACCACGGGCCCUCGGACACCCACAACUCCGAGCCCGCACCCCGAUACCACUCGCACCUCCCACGUUAUCCCUUCCAAUUACUACAUCCCCUCAUCGUCACCUGAUCUCGGGCGCGCCCCUCGCCUGGCUCCGAAGAUGCCACCACCACCACCACCAAUACACCACCAAAACCACUCGUAGCGGCCUCGAUG